AUGGAUGAUUUCAGAGGGGUUUUACAGGACUGUAAGUUGAAGGAUUUGGGUUUUAUUCAAGGCAAAUAUACUUGGUCUAACUUUAGACAGGAUCAUAAUUUUACUAAAGAAAAGCUUGAUCGAGCCACAGCCAACUCUGAAUGGUGUGCAGCUUUUGGUGGGGGAGAAGUACAAGUCUUAGCCUCUUCUACUUCAGAUCACUAUCCUCUUUUGAUAACAGUUGGGCAACAGAAUGAUUGGACUAGGAAACCUGUUCAAAUUUGCAGAUAUGAAGACAGUUGGUCUUUAUUUACAGAGUGUGAAGAUGUUAUCCACAAUGCUUGGCAAAGGUAUGGGAGGAACAAGGAAGGCCUCACAAAGAUUAAUAAAAAACUUGAGGGUUGCUUACAAGUGCUGAAGCAUUGGAGUUACCAAAAAGAGUGUGCCUCUAGAGAUAGUCUUAAGCAAAAGAGGAAAUCUCUACAACAUUUACAACAAUCUGUUACUGCUAAAUCAGUGCAACAACUUAGAGAGUUACAAACAGAAAUUGACAACCAGCUUAAAAGAGAGGAUGUGAAAUGGAAACAAAUGGCCAAAGAGAAUUGA